CCGCAAGACCCAGUCACUCACAGGAAUUUCGUUACACUGCAAAAAAAGCUGCUGCGGAGCUGUCCAUGUCGUUUUGAGUUGGCCGUAAGAGCUUAAAUGCUGCAGCCAUGGGUGUUCGGAAGGUCUUAUACUACCUCACCGUUUUUGCGACGCUCGCCGGUUCACACGCACAGUGCGAUAAUGUGCUGCUGCCCAAUGUGGGAAGCUUAUCACAGUGCCUCGACAGAAGGCUAGGCGAGUGCGGCACGAAUACGGAAACGCUGGAAGAGGACUUGACACAGUUUUUCCACUGCAUGUUUGACGAGUUGCCCCGGAUCACUGACCCCUCCGCAGCGUUGUUCAACCUCGUGGAUCUCUACCAAGCCGUGCUCUCUGAGCUAGAACUGCCGGUCAACGUGACUUCCGUGGCUACGCUUCUGUGCUAUCGCCUCAAUUUCUCCCUGGAGGCCUGCGCCCAGCCGGCCGUGUCGGGAGACGCUCGCUGCGGCUCUCUCCUGAGUGUAUUCUUCCCUGCAUCGUUCGCAGUUCGACAGGGUUGCACCUGA